AUGGGUGCAGAAAUCAACGUCGCGUACGACGGAACCUUCGGUGACCUCGGCGCCGGAGGUAACAUCGGAGGGGGCGCUGGCAUGUUCAACUUCGAUUUCGGCGAGGAGAGCUUCGACUUCGAGCUUAUGCCUCAGAGCCACAGCUCUCUGGACAGCGCUGGCAGUGCAGCUCCUGGCACGGUCUCACCAAAGGACCUUUUCAAUGACUCUAUGCCCCCAUCUGCCUCUUUCACAAACCUGACGACCCCUGGAUCAACAUUUCUCGAUACCCCUGUGGAAGACUAUGAGACUUCGCCCCUGUUUGACGGCUUGACGGCCGACAACAACCAAUGGUUUUCGCUAUUCCCUGAUGCCCCACCUGCGCCAAUGGAGAGGACUUCUUCGUCAAGCCAAAUACUGGUCCACCCAGGCGGAGAGGGCAACMCUCGCAAGCGUAGCUCCGCACAGGCGUCUCCUAGCUUCAGCCCGGCUGUAAGACACUCGGAUGUGGCUGGCGUUGCUGCCCGUAAGCGCGAUAAGCCUUUGCCACCAAUUGUCGUCGACGAGGCGGACCCCGUCGCCCUAAAGCGUGCUCGAAACACUGCUGCUGCUCGCAAGUCCCGUGCGAAGAAGGUCAUGGAGAAGGAUGACUUGGAGGGGCAGAUCAACGAGCUGAAGACCCAAGUCGAGUACUGGAAGGCAAAGGCUCUAGCGCACGGAGCAGCUGAUGAGGAGUAA